GAAAGGAAAGACUGUUUGGAUCGCUCACGCACCGGGCACUGCGCACACCGUGUCUUACACGCGAUUCCGCCGGCGACAGCCCGACCUCACAGGCCUGUUUUGGGGUGCUUGUUGUCAAGUGGCAGGGACUUCUGCCCCCUCCCUACCAUGGAAGGUGGUCACCGGCUGCCGAGAGCGGAUCCAGCACUGGCAGCAGGUGGAGGACGACUACGGCGCCCUGCAGGAGCGGCUCGGCACCCUGCCCGACAAGCUGUCCUACAGCAUCAUGGUACCAUUUGGCCCUUUUGCCUUCAUGCCAGGAAAACUCGUCCACACUAAUGAAGUCACCGUUUUACUGGGGGACAACUGGUUUGCCAAGUGUUCCGCAAAGCAGGCCGUGGGCUUAGUCGAGCACCGGAAAGGACAUGUAAGAAAAACAAUAGAUGAUUUAAAAAAAGUGAUGACAAAUUUUGAAUCCAGAGUUGAAUUUACAGAAGAUUUGCAGAAAAUGAGUGAUGCUGCAGGUGAUAUUGUUGACAUAAGAGAAGAGAUUAAAAGUGACUUCAAAUUUAAAGCAAAACACCGAAUUGCUCAUAAACCUCACUCCAAACCCAAAACUUCAAAUAGUUUUGAAGCGGAUUUUGCAAAUGUUGAAUCCAAGGAUCUGCUCGCGGACCAGGAGCUGUGGGCUCGGCUGGAAGAACUGGAGCGACAGGAGGAGCUGCUGGGCGAACUUGAGAGGUCGUGCAGCCGCGAGAACAGCGUGUGCAGCGACACCAGCGAGGGCAGCGCCGACUGCGAGGAGCGCCGCGGGCUCCUGCGGAGCGUCAGCUGCGAGGAGGCCGUGGGCAGCGACGCCGGCGAGAGCAUUUUGGAGGAGGAGCAGGAGCAGCUUCCAGAGACGCUCCUGCCCGCGCCCGGGACGCUCGAGGCUUUUUCUGGAACUGUAAUAGAGAAAGAAUUGUCGCCCUGCCUCGCCCUGCACCCGGCCACAGUCCACCCUGUGCUGCCCACGAUCCCUGAGCGGAGAGAAGUCCCGUCAGAAGGGUCGGAGGUCACCAAGCGGGUGUCCAAGUUCAAAGCCGCCAGGCUGCAGCAGAGGAUCUAGGCUGCAGCAGAGGACCUAGGCUGCAGCAGAGGACCUAGGCUGCAGCAGAGGAUCUAGGCUGCAGCAGAGGAUCUAGGCUGCAGCAGAGGA